AUGACCCGACACUGUGAGUGUGACAGUGAAUGAGAGAAACCGGUCCAGUUUGUAGAGAUAAUGUUUCUGUUUUGUAGCUUAGUGUAAAUGUUGAUGAUGAAUUGUUGGAGAUUAGGACUAGGCUUGAUAAGGACUGCGCAAGUUCCCUCACAGCCAAAGUGUAGCAUCAGCUUAUGUUGGACACAGCUAACCAGUAUAUACAGUGUACACCCAGCAGCAAGCCGGCUUUACUCUGGAUGGGCAGUUUGUCACCAGAGGUCACCCAAUCUCCAUUCAGUUUGUCACCAGGGGUCAUCCAAUCACCACUGUUUCAAGUCUAGGAGCUGUGGCUCUCCAGUUUAUCUUUGUGGUUAUAGGCCCUUGACCUCAAAGGCAGAGUUACAUGAGGAAUCAGGACUUUUACUACGUGACCCUAAGAAGGGAGACCUUGUUUACUACGGGCCCCUGAGUUCGCGGGUCAGGGGUCUGAAGAUCCUCUCUGUUUCCUCCAGUAUGACGUGUAUGGCCCUCCUUCCAUAUGUCUUUAUGCGGGCAGAGAAUCUUCCCCCAUUCCUUCAGGCAACAUGUGGGCUCAUCUCUGGAUUCUUCAUUUUCCUUCAACCCUGCAUCAUACAUUGGUUGGUUUACCGCUACGUGACUGCCUUGUACUACAACCGUGAAACUAAGAUAUUCACUGUAACAACAUUGACUUUUAUUGGUACUAAAAAGGACAUGACAUUUACGAAAGCAGAUAUAGAAAAUGUAGAAACGCCCACUUUGUUUGAGCGAGUGAGAGUCAAACACCGACCCCUCUAUAUGGAAAAUGACUUCUUUGUAGAUACAGCUGCUUUUAGAAUGAUAAUGAAUUAUGAUAGUGAUAAUAAAAAUUCAUAACACAAUACCAGUGUUUAACGAAUAUUAUGUGAGCAGUGAAUGUAGAAAAUUAA